AGAGCUAAGAGCGCUGCUGGGGUAUUUACAGGCACAGCUGAUGAACAAAGGUUUGCAUUUUCAUGUGAACAUAAGCAGAGGACCAGAUAUGAUUCUUUCAACCUAUCACACCAUCCAGUCUGUUUUCUGCUGCUGCUGCUGCUGCUGCACGGUGCAAAAACGAGCAACGAGAACAAAGAUAAAUGUGGACACUGACGCUGACCUGGAGACCCAGUAUUCAGCCUCUCAAUCAGAGGAUUCCUAUGCACCUACUUGGAAGUGUAAGCGUAAGAAGAAAUUGCAUGUAAAGAACAAGCCGUUACCUCCUCUACCUGCUGAGGCUUUUGCAGACUACACAAAAAACCUCAAAGUUAUUGCUCUAUAUGACUUUUUCGCUAGAGGACCCUCUGAUUUAACACUCAAGCAGUCAGAAGAAUACAUUAUCCUUGAACAGUAUGAUCCUCACUGGUGGAAGGCAAGAGACCAUUAUGGGAAUGAAGGUCUAAUUCCUAGCAACUAUGUUACUGAGAACACAAAAAGUAAUUUGGAAACAUAUGAGUGGUAUUGCAAGAACAUCAACAGAAGCCAGGCAGAACUACUCUUGCGACAGAAGUCCAAAGAAGGUUCAUUUGUUGUCAGAGAUUCAAGUCAACAGGGAAUCCUGACACUGUCUGUGUAUUCACGGUCUAAAGGAAGUCAUGGUGGAGACAUUCGACAUUAUCAAAUUAAGAAAAACCACUUGAAACAGUAUUAUGUAGCAGAAAAAUAUCUAUUCUCCUCUAUUCCUGAGCUCAUUCAAUAUCAUCAACACAAUGCAGCAGGUCUUAUCACCCGUCUCCGACAUCCAGUCAGAUCAAUCACCAGUUCUUCACCAGCAACAGCAGGAUUUAGUUACGAGGAGUGGGAAUUGAACCCCUCAGAACUGACGUUUAUGAAAGAGCUUGGGCGAGGGCAAUUUGGAAUUGUUCAUCUGGGUAAAUGGAAAACAACCAUCAAGGUUGCCAUCAAAAAAAUCAAUGAAGGUGCGAUGUCUGACGACGAUUUCAUGGAGGAGGCCAAAUUGAUGAUGAAACUAUCCCAUCCAAAGCUGGUCCAGCUGUAUGGGGUGUGCACACGCCAGAAGCCUCUCUAUGUGGUGACUGAAUUCCUGGAGAAUGGCUGCCUGCUCAACUACCUGCGGCAGCGGCGGGGGAAGCUCAGCAGAGACAUGCUGCUGGGCAUGUGCCUGGAUGUGUGUGAAGGGAUGGAGUAUCUGGAAAGAAACAACUUUAUUCACCGUGAUUUAGCUGCAAGGAACUGCUUAGUCAAUGCUGAACACACUGUUAAAGUAUCCGACUUUGGCAUGGCAAGAUACGUCAUUGAUGAUGAAUAUGUCAGCUCUUCAGGUGCCAAGUUUCCAAUCAAGUGGUCAUCUCCUGAAGUCUUUCAUUUCAAAAAGUACAGCAGUAAAUCUGACAUCUGGUCAUUUGGUGUACUGAUGUGGGAAGUUUUCACAGAAGGCAAAAUGCCUUUUGAAAGUAAAUCAAAUUACGAAGUUGUCCGUGAGAUUUCUGCAGGUAACCGACUUUAUCGACCGCAUUUGGCAUCACACACAGUGUACAAAGUCAUGUACAGCUGCUGGCAUGAGAAGCCUGAAGGACGUCCUACUUUUGCAGAAUUAGUAGAAACCCUCACAGAUAUAAUGGAGAUGGGAUAACUGGGGGUUUUAUACAGGUCUAUUUACUGAAAAGUGAGCACUGAGAUGGCCAAUGUAGCUUAUACUGGAAACUUCAGCCUUUUAGAGCAAUCACUACUUAAGCUAUGGUAGCAGCAUCCCACAUAUUGAAGCUGUUUGGGCUUGGCCUAAUUUGGGAAAGAUGCCUGAGGAGACUGGAUUACUGGAUUUGUACUCUCAAGCCUUUAUUUCUAUGAAAAAUCUCAUAUGUGGAAAGAAGUAACCAAGCUAACUCACCACAUGAACUCUUUUACUUAUUCUUUUUGUCAGAGCUACACUAAUUCCUGUAACAAUAUUGGUAAGAAAUGAUUUGUUACUUAAUGUGGCUCGUGCACAGGGGAAUAGUGAUUAGCAGCAGCAAAAGCGGUGGAAGAACCUGUGAAAAAGUUCUAGGACUAAAGGCAUUUUGCACUGCCAAACUCUGAAGGAAUGGAGCAGUUUCAGAGGUAACUCAGCCACCAGGACAGCAUGCGGAUGUUUGCCCAGACACUGCACUGCACGUUGCUGGGGAUCCAGACACGCAGAGGGGGCAGAGGCAGCAGUUGUCUUUUGGUGGCUCCUGACCCACAUCCAAACAGCUGGACGGGCUCAGCAGCCCUGAAGAAUUUUAAUCCUGCUCAUAGGUAAAGGCUAAUUUUGAGUGAGAGAACAAGUAAAGAUUAUUUUAUUCAAGCCUCA